AUGUUUUUAAACGGAAUAUUUUUAAACGAGAAACACCCUACUCUGACUGUGAAUGACUCAUUAGAAAACAGCUGAAAUGAACUAAUUGUAAUAUGACAGGCUCAUCUAUACGCAGAAGCAUUGCAGUAAAUCACAGUUGAUGGAUUGAAACGUGAUACGUGCACAGACAAGAAAGGUAACGGAAUACUGACAGUAGUGAUGCUCAUCAAAUGGGGGAUAGAGAACAACCAGUAGAGUCAUCAUAAUUAGGUAACACUCGGUCACUCGCAAUGACGAAGGAUAACAAAAAGGGUACCAAACCGCCCAAACAUUGGAGCCAAUAUGUCCAUGAGACCGUGGUGUCCCCAACAGAGGAUGGCAGCUCAAACUUCACCAUCAGGGGCGGGGCGGAGAACGGGCUGUUCCCCUUCGUCGCGGAUAUCCGCAGCGACAGAAUCCUGCUGCGCUCCGGAAAGCUGCACACUGAUGAUAUUGUGGUUGAGUUGAAUGGGCACAAGCUGCCAGGGUUUACACUCUGGGAUAUUGAAGCUCUUCAGGUGCACAUUGGCAAAGGCCCGCUCCAUGUGAAGACAGUCAAACCAGGUCAGAUGUUGAAUAAAGACCUGAGGAGAUAUCUCAACAUGCGAUUCCAGAAAGGUUCAGUGGACCACGACCUGCAACAAACCAUCCGUGAAAACCUCUACGUCCGGACUGUGCCCUGCACAACUAGGACUCCUAGAGACGGUGAGACCGAUGGGGUGGACUAUAAAUUCCUCUCGGUGGAUGAGUUCAUGGCGUUAGAGAAAAGCGGACAUCUUUUGGAAAGUGGAGUGUUUGAUGGUAAUCAUUACGGCACGCCCAAACCUCCCGCUAAGUCACCCCCUGCACAGUCGCCCACAUCAUCGUCAUCGUCCCCACCACCCCCACCUCAACACCAACAGAAUAACUCAUCCAGCACAAGCCCCAAGAAGAGCACCCAUCGGCCAGGAGCCAAGCCCUCCGCCCCGGGCAAGAGACAGAGGAACAAGUCCACGAUCGAGGCCACCACGUUGAACUCUGACCCCUUGGACGAGGAAGAGCAGAGGAGACGAGAGGAGAUCGGGAAGGCUGAGGAGGAGCUGGGAGACUUGCCAAAGGAUUGGGAGAUUGCUUUCACUGACCAGGGAGAUAUGUACUUCAUCAAUCAUGUGACCGAGACGACCCAAUGGCUAGACCCCCGUCUGGAGCAGAAACCAGCCAAGGAGCUGGUAGACUGUGAAGACGACGGUGAGCACUAUCCUCAUGAUAACUGUCACUCAAACAAGCAGGAACUUCCUUAUGGCUGGGAGAAGAUCGACGACCCUCAGUAUGGAACUUAUUUCAUUGAUCAUGUCAACCGUAAGACGCAAUACGCCAACCCGGUCAUACAGGCCAAGGAAGACUCCAGAAGGAUCAACACUAAUCGUAGCACCGGUAAAUUAGACCUCAAGUAUUCCACGACUCUCCCACGGUCAGCGAGGAGCAGUCAGAACUCAAUACAAGCGCCACCAUCCAGAGCUUUCAGUGAUCCUGAUAUGCAGAAGGGGGGUCAGGAAAACGGGCCGUUGUCUCGUACGAAGUUACCCACUUCGUCAGUUAAGACUACCUCAGAUGCCGAGUGGCGCGCCAUGUUCACCAACGACCCCAGCAAGUUGGACGGGGAAAUGAUUAAGACCAUCUUGAAUAAGAGCAACAGGGGAUUCGGUUUCACCAUCGUGGGCGGAGACGACAGUGAAGAGUUCCUGCAGAUUAAGAGUGUUGUGCCUAGUGGCCCUGCCCACGCAGAUGGAGUUCUCAAAACAGGUGAUGUUCUUGUUUUCAUCAAGAGCCACGCCCUUCCUCAGCCUGUCAAAGUCUUGGGCUACACCCAUCAACAAGUAGUGAUCUUAUUCCAGGCUAUCAUGCCGGGGGAACACGUUGAACUCGAAGUAUGCCGCGGUUAUCCGUUACCGUUUGACCCCGACGACCCCAACACACACAUUGUCACGUCCUAUGCAAUCUCUCCAACUUCCAACCUGCCAGGGGUGAAGAUUCCCGGCACGCCGUCGUCGUCUGCUUUCCGGAAGCACAACAGUGCCCCACCAAUGGAUAAGAUUCACAAUAAUAUUGGCCCGCCCAGUUACAAGGACACGAAUGCAAGCCAGACGUCCCCGAGGUCCCUGCAUCAUGACAGCCACGACACACCACCCCCACCGAAAAUCUCCUCUGGUCACAACCACCGGCAUCACCACAGAAACGGGGACUCAAACCUCUCCCGGGAGACGCACGUCAAGUCCCUUCCGGACCUCUCGUCACCGAAGCCCAACGAGAUGGAGGUCUCAGCGUCGCCGCGGGCCAAGACGCCGACGUUGUCGCUCAAUAUCAAACCGAAUUCCUUGCCGUUGCCCAAUCAGGUGAACAACAGAGGGAGCCUGUCGAGCGAGCAGCCCAGCGAGUCACCCUCAAGCACGCAACCUGAAAUUCACUCCAUCAAAUUCUUCAAGGGAAAUCAAGGGUUUGGAUUUACCAUUGCUGACAGUCCGUAUGGCCAAAAGGUGAAGCAGAUCUUAGUUCCUGAGCGAUGUAAGAUGUUGAGAGAGGGCGACAUUCUGGUUGAAAUCAAUGAUGAAUACAUAAGAGAUCUACCUCAUAACCAGGUGGUAAACAUCCUGAAAGGCUGCCCUCUUGGUACUGAGUUGACUAUCGUUGUACAACGUGGAGGAAUGUUGAAGCCAGUGCGCAGCCUGAGCAAGAUCAAGCAAGUCAAGACGCCCAAGACGCCAGAACCAAGGGAUAAGAUUGAGGACCCAGUACGAGACUAUCGAACCUCGGACAGGAACCAUCGGCCGUUGAGUAACGGACCUCAGAAAGGAGAGGAUUAUUCUAGUGAUGAAUACGACUCCCAUGACAAUAUGAGACAUCCUAAACAUGGACGGGGAAUCCGAAGCCCUAGGACUGUGAAACGCGAACAGGAACAUAAUGAUGAGCGCACCCGUGCGCAGCACGACCGAGACGGAAGGGGUGAUCGCUACCACAGGGAUCCUGAGAAAGUAGCCAAUAACAAUUCAGUCAAUCACGGACGUUAUAACGAUCACGGCCCAAACCAUGACCUCGACAGAGAUGGUGACAGGAGGCCGAACGAUCACGGAAAUCGAAGAGGUGACCCGAGGAGACCGCCCCACGAUGACCGUAAGCCUGUGGAUCACGAUCGUCGAUCAGUUGACCCUAGAAGGCCAAACAAAGAGACGGAUCGGCCAAGUGUGGACUACGAGACCAGAAGCCUUGAGCGCAAACGCAGACCACGCAGUCCCGAGCGUGAGAGGGCGGGCUCCAGGCCCGAACGAGCCAGGACGCCAAAAUUUGACUUUGAUCCCAGGGACAGUCGGCUUCCCCCGAGGUCGCCAAAGGCAGAGAGGCGGAGCCCACCAGCAAUCGAGAACGGGACACGGUCUCUAAGGCGGGACCCACGAGGUCAUCAUGAUGAUAGUAGAGGUCAAGAUAGCCGAAGGUCAAGACCAGGAGGUGAAAAUACUGGACCAAGAAGCAGGACCCCUAAGCCACACCUUAAUUCUUCGCCAGUUAAUAGAUCUAACGGUGUUAACGACCAAAGACCGCCCUCUAGAGCCAAGCAGGUACCCAGGUCAUCUUCAAGCAGCGAGGAAGGCAACUACAUUGAGACGACGGUGUUCCUCAAGAAGCUGGACAAUGGAUUCGGUUUCCGGAUUGUGGGAGGAAUCGAAGAAGGAUCUCAGGUGGCCAUCGGAGCAAUCAUCCUACAGGGUGCGGCUGAUUUAGAUGGCCGUCUGGCUACUGGUGAUGAGCUGCUGUACGUUGAUGGCCAGUCGGUACUUGGCUCCUCCCAUAAGACUGUGGUCACUCUCAUGGUGACUGCAGCCAAGUCUGGCCGAGUCUCGCUGGGAAUAAGGAGAAAGGUUUCUCUAGCUAAUGUACCAGUUGACAAGAAUCUUGCUGAGAGACGGCCCCCAUCACAGCUCCAACACCAACCCCCACAGAGUCCCGUCAGUCCAACCAGACCCAACGGCAGCAGCUUCCCGUACGAUGUGACCAUCAAUCGACGACCCAACGAGGGCUUUGGAUUGGUUAUCUUGUCCUCCACACUGACCUCUGGUUCCAAGAUUGGUCGUAUCAUUGAAGGGAGUCCCACGGAUCGCUGCGGCAAAGUGAAAGUUGGAGAUCGGCUGAUAGCUGUCAACAAAGUAGACAUCAUGUACAUGAAUCACAUUGAUAUCGUCAAUAUGAUUAAAGAUGCUGGGCUUAGCGUUACGCUAACCAUAGGGCCACCAGAGAACACAGCGGUUGGAAAUUCGCCAAAGGUGAAUGAGAGCAUGACUAACGCCAUAGCCAUGCCAGCUCACAUCAAGACUAGUGAUGCCAGUCUAAUGCAGAGAGACAGUUUCCGAGAUUCACCAGGAUCACCGGUCAAACCCUCACCAGACCAGUACAGACAAAAUGAAUCCCAGCAGCCGGCAUCCAACCGGUGGCGCUCUCCUUCCGAGUCCAGCCGAGAAGUGGGUUCAUCAUCUCGCAGCACCCCUCAGCCCUCCUACGAUCCCCACCCCAACCCCACCCCCUACAACAACCAGCAGCAGCAUCACCCACGCCCCUACCAGCCGCCGCAGCAGUCCCAGCCGGCCGUGCCUUACAAUGACUCAACCAGAGAGAGUUACAAUAGGCCCAGGGACUAUCCGUCAUCAUCGACAGACUCGUACAAUAAUGAGUUGAGACAUUCGCAGUAUCCACCACACCAGCCUCCAGCACAUAAGUCGGCACCACACCAGCCUCCAGCACACCAAGCCCCACCACACAAGGCUCCACCACACCAAGCUCCACAGAAUCCACACCCGUCCCAUCCACAACCUUACAUGAGGCCUCAAGGUCCAAGUGUGCCGAGUCCAGGGAUGUACAGCCAGCCAGAGAUUGAACCAGGUGAUUAUUACGCCGUGGAGCUUGAGCGUGGUGCCAUGGGAUUCGGGUUCAGCAUACGAGGGGGUCGUGAGUUCCAAAACACGCCGUUGUUUGUGCUUCGUAUGGCCGAGGAUGGACCAGCCGCACUGGGUGGUAUCGUGAAGAUUGGUGAUCAGAUCAUAGAGAUCAACAACAACAGCGCCGACGGGAUGCUACACUCUGCAGCCAUCGAGGCUAUCAGGAGAGGGGGUCGUAAGGUCAAGCUGCUACUACGACGGUCGGGGCCACCACCAGCUUCAGAUGGACUCCGAGGCGGGAUGUUGAAGAACGCUCCUCAUGCCGUGUCGAACUCGUCCCUUCAGAGUGCCGAUCAAGCACUGCAUCAACGCUACCCACAACACCAUCAUCAUCAUCAUCCAAGAAACCCUCAACAAAGACAGAAGGAGACAUUCGAUGACAGCUGGUCGUAUCGCAGUCUCCCUAGAGGAAUGAGAUACUAGGGGUCGUCAUUGUCACUGUCAUUGUUAAUGAAGAAGAGUAGUGACAUCUGAUAUCAACAGUUCAUAUCACAGUCUCCCUAGAGGAAUGAGAUACUAGGGGUCGUCAUUGUCACUGUCAUUGUCAAUGAAGAAGAAUAGUGACAUCUGAUAUCACCAGGUCAUACCGCAGUCUCCCUAGAGGAAUGAGAUACUAGAUCCCAGGGGAUGUACUGUCAUUAUUAUUGUCAUUGUCAUUGUUAAUCCUUGAAGAUUUGUCACAUUAGAUAUCACUAAGUUAUAGUGCAGUCAUUAAGGAGAACUAAGAUGUAUGUAGCUAUUCAACUUACUCUCGCAGCGUCCAGUGACUUGCUUUUUUUUUUUAUUCCCCUUAUAAACAAAUGACAAUUUCUGAAAAUAUGGCUUUGUUGCUGUCAGUGGUGUUGUGAUUGUCAUUGCUGCUGGUAUCAUUAUGAUUGUCAUAACCUUGAUUGCCUCCGGACUGGUGUCAUCACAAUUGUCAUUGCAUUGGUUGUCAUUGUGACCGGUGUCAUUAUGAUGGUUAGCGUCAUUAUUGUCCUUGUUACUUUUUCAUCACAAUUGUCACUGCAGUAAGUGUCAUUGUCACUGGCAUUCCUUUUGAUCCUUGACUGUCACUGGCAUGACUGCGAUGGCUGUUACUUUUGACAAUCAUUACUGUCAUUGUCCAGUCAUUGCCAAUUACAUAUGCAGUGACCUCAACAUGUGACAUUUUACAAGAGUCCUCCAUAGGGAGGGUUUUUAUCUAUAAAUAAAUCUGUCUCAUUUUGUACACAUUUCAUUGAGCUGCAGAUUGUAUUUUCUUUUUCUUACCAAAAACUCUUUUAAAAGUUUUCUUGUAUAUUUAGGUAAAUCACAUUUCUUAAGGAUAUCUCAUUUUGACCAUGGGAACUACAUGUGAUGCCAGUUUUAAAUAUUAUGUUUAUUUUGAAAACCUUCUCGGGAAAUUCUGUGAGAUUGUUUUCAUAUUUUCAAACAUUUCUUUUUUUAAAUAAUGGGGACCAACUAAGCAUACAAAUAAGGACCGAACCAUAGCCAUGGUCCAGCGAUGGUACUUUGACCAAAAACUGCUUACUAUGCGAAAGUCGCUUAGUCAUUUUGCUGCUAAGCUGAAAACAUGUCAACUAAGCAGAUAAUUACAGGAUAUUUUUGCUGGUAAAUAGUUUCUGCCAUUAUAAAGAAAACUUGUGUUCCUAACAGCUCUAUGAUAUUAGCUCCUGAUGUGACCGACCAAAAUUUAAACUAUAAUGCAAGCUUGAUAUAUUCCAGAGAUCUUUAAAAUUACCUUUUAAGCAAGAGAUUUCUCAGAAGAAUUUGUACAAACACAAAAAACGAGUCCUGUUUUUGUGUUUCAAAAUCAUUUCUGAAUUUUGUUUGUGCUUUUGUGCGUUGGUUAUUUUAACAUUCAAUGCUUUUGGUUGCUAGCGUAUUGGGCUAACUUUAUAAAAAAAAAA